UGAUCUGUAGCUCAGUGAGUUAAGGAUUUAUUGAUGGAGCAUCAGGUCACCAGUUCAAGACGAGACCCUUUUAAGUUUUUGAAAAACUUAGACAAAGACAAAGGAAAAAUGCUGAUGGUGUGAUUUGACGAACGUAAAGCAGCCGGACAGUCCCGAGAUAGCGCCACUCGCUCAGAUACUAAUUCUUCCUUUUUUUGUGCAUUUAUCAUCUAUUUUUUGUCGUUUUUGAGUUUUUUUUUAAACUGAAGUCUCGUCUCGACCGUUGAACCCUCAGUUCCAAGACUUUCCAAAGCCUCCAGACCUCCCGAGUCCUCAGGACCUGAGCUUUCACACAGUCUGAGGGCUGAAAUUUUCUAAGUCCCACAGUAGAUCUCUGUUAAAUUUAACUUUCAGACAGUCCAAGGACUGAUAUCUUCUAAGUUCCUGAGUAGGUCCCUGUUAAUUUGAACCUUUCGACAGUCUGAGGGCUGAAGUUUUAGAAGUUUCUCAAUACUCCUCUGUUAGUUUGAACUUUGUGGUUAACAGAAGCCUUAAAACUUGUGACCAUGAGUCUUGAUUUCACAUUUAGACCAUCCAUCUGAGUUCUUCUCAGAUCUUCACCUGUGGGUUCUUUAGAAAUCCUGAACAAACUUUGAUUCUCUUCACUGAACAGUAAAGUUUGUGGAGAUCAGAAGGUAACAUUAGUUUGAUCAAUACCUUCAACUACUAGUAGACUUUAUCUGGAAAGCAGUUUUAUGAAAUGAGCUCUUGGUAAAUCUGUCCACAAUCAAACCAACAACACAGAAAGAGGAAAUGUUUGAAGAAACAACUUGAUGUUUUCAUUUCAGACUAGAAAAUGCUUUAAGACCUUUAUCUGUUUUUGCUCUUUUUCAUCGUUUCUCUUCUGUUUAAUUUGAUCUUCAACAACAAUUCUAAAAUUCUACAAUUUCAUUUAGCAGACGCUUUUGUCCAAAGCGACGUACAACACAAGCAAGAAUUCAGACAUAAGGAAAAUCCUUUAGUACGCUGCGUCCAGAAUCGGCAGGACGGAGUCCGGUUCUGUUAACGGGUCGAAGGAGGGCCGACACCGGGAGGAAGGAGCUGAGAUGGAGGCUGGAGGAGAAGAUGUCCAAAAAGUUAUUGUUGGUGAAGAAAAGCAUCAGCAGGGGAGUUCUGGUGUGAAUCAGGAGAAGCAGGAGGACCGUGAUGACCUGAGCUUCAAAGAGGAGCAGGAGCAGCUGUGGAGCACUCAGGAAGAAGCUCAACUUCUAGACCUGCAGGAGGCAGAAACCACCAAGUUCGCCUUCAGUCUGGUCUCUGUGAAGACUGAGGAUGAUGAAGAGAAACCUCAGCUCCCACAGCUCCGUUACAGAGACUCUGUUGGAGAACCAGAACCACAUUUAGAAGAAGAUGGCAGGAUGACAGACUCUUCAGAGACAGACAUUAGUGAUGGUGAGUGGGAGGAAACCAGUAAAGCUCAGUCUUGUUUAAAUCCCAUUAAUAAAAUACCUACAGCUGAAACACGUGAUGAUGAAGAGGAGAAACCAUUCAGUUGCUCUGAGUGUGGAAGAAGAUUUAGUCACAGCGGGAAUCUGAAACAACACCUGAGGACUCACACAGGUGAGAAACCCUUCAGCUGCUCAGAGUGCAGUAAAACAUUUAGCCGUAACACAAACCUCAAAGCUCACCUAAGAAUCCACAGCGGAGAGAAAAGGUUCAGCUGCAGUGUCUGCCACAAAAGAUUCACCUGGAAUCAUCACCUGAAAACCCACAGAUGUGUCAGCAAAUCAGCACACUGUGACAGAUCCAGACCUGCCGGGAACUCACCUGAUCCAACUGGAAAUGAAGAUGAGAAACCCCUCAGCUGCUCAGAGUGUGGAAGGAGAUUUAGACACGGCAGCGAUCUGAGCAGACACCUAAGAUCCCACACUGGAGAGAAACCCUUCAGCUGCUCCGAGUGUGGCCGAGGCUUCAAUGACAAGUCGACUCUGACAAACCACCUGAGGACUCACACCGGGGAGAAACCCUUCGGCUGUUCGAUUUGCGGUAGAAACUUCACACACAGCGUAAGUCUCACGCAGCACCUGAAGACUCACACCGGAGAGAAACCUUUCGGCUGCUCCGAGUGCGGGAAAACCUUCAGCCGGAGCACCAACCUGAAGGCUCAUCUGAGGAUCCACAACGGAGAGAAAAGGUUCAGCUGUCGAUUCUGUGACAGAAGAUUCACCCGGAAACAUCACAUGAUUGACCACGAGCGUAUCUGUGCGUCAGCGAGCCGUGGGCGAUCCAAACCAGACAGGAAACGAACUCUGAUGCCCCGACCGAACAGCCACGGACUGGUGGUGCUCGUUAAAGGUGUAAGUUUAGUCUCAGCGGUGGUAGAAACCCAGCAACCUACCUCCUGCCUCCCACAUCCACCACACACUGAGGUUACUUCAAAUUAAAUCAGCUAAAGUGCAUCAAUUAUUAAACAGAAACGUUUAAAACAUGAAGAAUUGUCAGAUUUUCAAUUUUCAGACAGUUUGUGUGUGAUUGUGAUUUAUUAGUGAAUCCAGAUCCUGUGCACAUCUGCAUAUUUGCACUUCAAUAUAUUUUACAUCUUUAUAUGAAAUAAACACCCUGGACUUCAUUUUAGCACUUUGAAACUUAAAUUACAUGUAUCUAUUUUGUUUGUUGUGAUGUUGAAUUUUAUUAUUAUUAUGAUUAUUUUUAUUUAUUUCAAUACGGUGUAUCCAAUAUAAACAUAUUAUAAGAGCAUGUGAGAGAUAGAACCACGGAAUUGUUCUUUGUAAGCCUUGAAUUAUCAGACUGAAGAAAAUGAAAAGCUUGGUGAGGAUACGGUGGUCUCGUCUAUAGUGGGGGUUACGUUCCAGAUGAAAAUCCGCCAAGUAGUGACCAAUUGUUUUGUUAUUUAUACAUAUUUUAAGGCUUUAUGAACCCUCCCUACACUCUUAGAAACACUUCAUAUGCUCUUAAACACUGUCUACACUUUUAAACCUACGUAAUUUUAACAUCAUAUAAAAUUCUAUAUUGGUAUUAUGAGGGUAGAUGUUCUUUUAAUAUGUUUUAAUUAUUAUUUAAAUAUUUUUUAUAUUGUCUUCAAUUUUUUUUAGGCUAGAAAAUGCUUAUUUUACCACAGAAAAAACCCUAUAUACAGCAAAAUCCCACAAUAUGGCAAGGGACCACUGUAUGUUUUUUUGUUUGUGUUUUUUAAAUUGGAAUCAAAAAAGAGUUAAGGCGGUAAAAUCAAGAGUUUAACUGCAGCAUCACACUGCUUUCUCUCUAAAUAUUUACAUUCUUAUACUUGGAGUUCUUUUUCUACUUGUUCUUUUUGUAUUUGUGUGGCUUAAAAUAAUAAAAAAAAAGUCGUUUUGGAGCGUA